UACAGAUAUGGCACCCUCCCUGGAGACCACAUAUUCACGCCGUUGGUGGAUAGCGUGCACAGCAGUUCUGGAAAACCUUUUCUUUUCUGCUGUUCUUUUUGGAUGGGGGUCUCUGCUCAUUAUGUUACAGCAGGAAGGAUUUUACUCACACCUCUGCUCAGCUGAAAACACAUCUGAGAAAGAUUUACUGCCACGCACUCUGGGAAAUGAGAAUAAUUCACAGCCACUACCUUGGCUAACAUGUACUGCCCAAGAAGAGAUGCUGAAUUUGGGUUUUACAAUAGGAUCUUUUCUGUUAAGUGCAGCAACUCUGCCACUGGGUAUCCUUAUGGAUCGAUAUGGGCCAAGACCACUCAGAUUAGUGGGGAGCUUCAGCUUUGCACUUUCUUGUGCACUUAUGGCCCUUUCUGGAUAUGAUCCUUCAGUUUUCGCACCUUUGAUAUUUCUUGCACUCUCCUUAAAUGGGUUUGGAGGAAUAUGCUUGACUUUUACGUCUCUCACUUUGCCCAAUAUGUUUGGCAGUAUGCGCUCAACCAUGAUGUCGAUAAUGAUUGGAUCCUAUGCUUCUUCAGCCAUUACAUUUCCUGGCUUAAAACUCAUAUAUGAAGCAGGAGUCUCUUUUGUGGCGAUUAUGUUAGGUUGGUCAGCUUUAGCGUGUCUGAUUUUCCUCAACUGCCUUAUCAACUGGCCCAAGGAAUCAAUCCCAUCACCUGAUGAGACUUCUUAUACGAAAAAGGUUACUCUGCGCACACUUGCAUUAGACCAUAAAGUCACUGGUGAUCAGUUUUAUACCCAUGUGACAAUUGUUGGUCAAAGACUAAGCCAAAAAGGAGACCCUGAAACUGAUAAAUUAUCCACAGAAGACCUGAAAAAUACCACUAAAAUCAAUGGAACGAGCCCUAGCUUCAUGCAUAGUGCAUGCUCACCAAUAUUCUUAUUCUCACUUAUUACUAUGAUGAUGACACAGCUGCGCAUCAUCUUCUUUAUGGCGUCAAUGAACAAGAUGAUAGAAUACUUGGUUAUCGGACAUCAAGAGAAUGUUCCCAAAGGUUUGAAGUUGGAAGCAGAUUAUGAAGUGGGACUAUAUUCCUCUGUAUUUGGGGUUUUACAACUACUAUGCCUUUUCACGUGCCCUUUCAUUGGAUUUGUCAUGGACUGGAAGAUGAAAGAGGGCAAUGAGGGGUCUAAAAAUAUUCAAAAAAUCACAAAUGCUACCAGAGCUUUCAUUUUUACCAACAUCCUUCUCAUCGGUUUUGGUGCAACAUGUUUAAUUAGCAACCUUCCCCUCCAGUUUGCCACUUUCAUGCUCCAUACAAUGGUCAGAGGUUUUAUCCAUUCAGCUUGUGGAGGAUUGUACGCUGCAGUGUUUCCUUCUAGUCAUUUUGGAACUCUCACUGGGCUGCAAUCUCUCUUGAGUGCAGUGUUUGCAUUGUUGCAAGAGGCUCUGUAUAGAGCAAUGGUUGGACCCCUCCAUGGAGAUCCUUUCUGGGUAAACUUGGGUUUGCUACUUUUCUCAUUCUCUGGAUUUGUUCUUCCGGGAUAUUUAUUUUUUUAUCGUCAUCGUCUGAUAAAACUUCAGAGUGGAUCAACUCUUGAGAAGGAUCAUGCAGCAUUCCAGCUGCAAGAUGAAAAUGAACUGAAUUGUGUGGCAGGAAGGGACACUGCAUAAUAAUAAUGCAGUUUACCAGAGACCUUGAUAAAAAAUAAUAUAAAGCAAUAUGCAGCAGCAAUAGAGAAUGUAUAAAUCUGUCUGAAACUAUAAGGAAGAAACACAUUUUAUAACUAUUUAUAAAAACAUUGGGUAACAAGCAACAUGCUGAUAUUGUAUAAAUUAUUUGAUGAUUCAUCGCAAAUAAAUCUGAUUCUAAAUGAUAAGGUGCAUUCCAAAACUGUUGCUAUCAGUGUCUAAGAUCAGUAACCAUCUCAAUGAAGGUAUAAAAAUAUAACAUUAAAAUCUUUACUG